AUGGUCUCUGCCAAGACUUUGAUCGCCGGCUUGGCUGCCGCGGGUGCCAUGGCUGCUGAUGUACCCUCGCUUCAAAUCAAGGGAUCCAAGUUUUUCUACCCCAAUGGCACGCAAUUCAUCAUUCGCGGCAUCGCCUACCAGCAAGACUCGUCGGCCGGCGGUAGCGAUGCCCCCACGACCAACGCCACCUUUAUCGACUCGCUCGUGAGCAAGGCCAACUGCCAGCGCGAUAUCCCCAACCUUGUGUCCCUCAACACCAACCUCAUUCGCACCUACGGCGUCGACCCCACGGGCAACCAUGACGACUGCAUGCAGCUGCUCGCCGACGCGGGCAUCUACGUCAUUGCCGACCUGGGCAACCCGACCAUUUCCAUCAACCGCGCCGACCCCCAGUGGAAUGUCGAGCUCCUGACCUUUUUCCAGAGCGUCGUCGACACCAUGGCCAAGUACCCCAACGUCGUCGGCUUCUUCGUCGGCAACGAGGUCACCAACAGCAACGCUACCACGGGCGCCUCGGCCUACGUAAAGGCGGCCGUCCGCGACAUGAAGCAGUACGUCAAGGACAAGGGCUAUCACACCGGCAUCGGCUAUGCGGCCGACGACUCGUCGGAUCUGCGCGACACGAUUGCCCAGUACAUGAACUGCGGCGACGCUAUGGCCGGCGUUGACUUUUACGGAUACAACGUGUACGAAUGGUGCGGCGACUCCGACUUUGAGACGUCGGGCUACAACCGCAUUCUCGACUUUUUCCAGUCCUACUCUGUCCCCGCCUUCUUUGCCGAGUACGGUUGCAACAAGCCCGGCGGUGCCGCCAAGCGCGAGUGGCAGGAAACUGGCGCUUUGUAUGCUAAGAACAUGACGGAUGUUCUGAGUGGAGGUAUCGUCUACGAGUACUUUGAGGAGGACAAUGAUUACGGUCUCGUCAAAGCCUCGAGUAGCGACAGCACCGUGACCAAGCUCGACGACUUUGACACGCUAGAGAAGGCCAUAAAGGCCAUUGACCCCCAGGGCGUCUCCAUGUCCAGCUACAGCCCCUCCAACAAGGCCGCCUCGUGCCCCUCGGUCAACUCCAGCUGGGAGGCCGUGGGCACCACGCUGCCCCCUACGCCCAACGACGCCGCAUGCGCCUGCGCCGCCAACGCCUCGACCUGCGUCCCUGUCCAGAACCUCGACAAGUCGGCCUACGCCGUCAUUUUCAACUACACGUGCGCCGACGCGUCGGUGUGUGCCAACAUCACCGGGGACCCCUCGACCGGCAAGUACGGCAUCUACAGCAUGUGCUCGGACGAGCAGAAGCUGGCCAUUGUCCUGGGCGCGUACCACACCAAGCACUCGGAUGCGUCUGACUCGUGCUCGUUUGGCGGCAACGCUACGACGCAAAAGGGCUCCGGCAAGACGGACUGCUCCAAGCUGGCGUCCUCCGGCAACAGCAGCAGCAACUCGACCAACAAGAAUGCGGGCGCGGCGGUCGGCGCGCCAGGUUACGCCGUUGUCGCUUCGGUGGCAUCGUUUGUGGCGUUGGUGGCAUCGGCGAUGGUGGCCCUGUAA